AUGCUUUACUUUAUUGGUCUUGGCUUAGCUGAUGUUGACGAUUUGACUGUCAAAGGCUUACGGAUAAUUAAAAAUUGUAAAGAAGUAUAUUUGGAGACAUAUACAACGAUUUUACAAGUCGAUCAGAAGACCCUAGAAGAAUUUUUAGGCAUCCAACUCAUUCCGGCCGAUAGAGAACUCGUUGAACUUUCAGCUGAUAAGAUUUUAAAGAACGCUGGUGAAUACGAUGUAGCAUUCCUUGUCGGUGGAGAUCCACUUUCUGCAACGACACAUACAGAUUUGAUUCUACGUGCUGUGGAAUUGAAUAUCCCUUAUAAAAUUAUUCAUAAUGCAUCAAUUAUGAAUGCUAUCGGUAGCUGUGGAUUACAGUUAUAUCAUUUCGGUGAAACGGUUUCCAUUGUAUUCUGGACAGAUACGUGGCGACCAACAAGCUUCUGCGAGAAGAUAAUUGCUAAUCGGCGACGUGGGUUACACACACUUUGUUUAUUGGAUAUUAAGGUUAAAGAACAAGAUGAAGCUAGUUAUAUGAAAAAAACUAAAACAUAUUUACCGCCUCGCUUUAUGACAACAGCGCAAGCAGCCUCGCAAAUACUCGAAUCAGCUAAGCAAUUACAAGUCGAAGAUCUCAUCAAUGAUAAAACGCUAUGCAUUGGUGCAGCACGGAUUGGUUGGUCGGACGAGAAAUUCGUUACAACAACUUUACGUCGCAUGGCAGAUGAAGUGGAUUUAGGUCGUCCGUUACAUUCGCUUGUCAUUGUUGGACAGCUACAUCCACUUGAAAUUGAUUAUCUCAAAAUUCAUACACUCGAGUCAUCCUUUGAUCAAUUAGCUCUUGAGAAUAAUCAAUGUCUGAGUCGUUAA